AAGGACAGUAGUACUUUGCUGGCAGAGAAGAUUUGUGUUUCCCAUGACCUGCAAACUAUAAUGGGUGUACAGUCAAAUCUGAGAGUGAUGAAUUCUGGUUAAAAUACAGUGGGAAUCUUCUUUAAAUUUCUUGAUGAAUCAGCGUGAAUAUGGGGCCCAAAUGGACAUUUGUCAUUCUUCUGAUUGUCUACCCCAGCAAAGUGGCAGAAGCUCAGGGAGAAGUUUUCCCACAGGGAGUGAAGGCUGAUGUUGUUAUCCUGAUGGAUGAAUCUGGUAGCAUAGGAUAUAUAGAGUUUAUGAUGAUGAAGGAGUUUCUGGAUACCCUGGUGCACUCUUUGUUUGUGGGCACCGACCAUAUCAGAAUCAGUCUGAUGAAGUUUAGUUCAUCCCCAGAAGUUGUGUUCAGGCUCAAUGAUCAUAUGAAUAGAAGUGAAAUCCUGAAGGGUAUUUACUCUGUUGUACAAACGGGAGGUGCUACAUAUACUGGAAUGGCCCUGUGGCAUAUGAUGGCUCUGUUUCAGAUGGUUAGAGGCAGCAGGGCAAGUGAGGGUGUUCCCCAAAUUGGAAUUGUCAUCACAGAUGGAAAAUCCAAUGAUCAAGUUGAAGUGUCAGCACAUCUUCUAAGGAAACAUGGCGUUUCUCUCAUGGGUAUUGGUAUUCAAGGCGCUUCAAAGGAAGAGUUGUUAAUGAUCACUGGCAAUCCAGAGAAUGUGUUCCUUAUUGAUACAUUUGGAGACAUGAAGAGCAGUGUCCCGUAUGUUGCCCAGAGGCUCUGUGACCUGGCAGAGGAGAGGGUGUCCUGCAACCUGACAGUCUGUUCCCAGGGAGCAUCCAUCGAUAUCAUGAUUAUUCUGGAUGACAGAUCCCAGAGCAUCAUGCCUCAGGGGUUUGAGCUUAUCAAAGACUUCCUCCGAUCACUGCUGCACUGCUUCUACCUGGGGCAGGACCAGGUUCGAGUGGGCCUGGUUCUAUAUAGUCAACACAGUGACACGGCGGCGUUCAACCUCAGCACUCCCCUAAACAACAGGGAGAUCCUAAAGCACAUCUGGAAUCUGAGACAGUCAAACAGUUCGACCACAGAGACUGACCCACACCUGGAGAUGAUGAGUGACCUUCUCAGGGAGGAGAGGGAGGGUGUCAGAGGAGAAUCGGUGACUAAGGUUGGGUUGGUCAUUAUGGGCAGUGAGCUCCAUGAGAAUGUGAGAGCGUCACUGGAAGAGCUAAAGAAUCAUGGUGUGUCUCUGUAUGCUAUCGGGGGCGCCAAUGCUUCCCUGAUGGGUCUGAACAAGAUCACUGGCCGUCGCGAAAAUGUGUUCUUUGUCCAGAAAUUCUCAGGCCUGCAGGAGAUCUCUGAACGUAUCAGCCAGGAGAUCUGUAGCUCAGCAGAGGACAGGGGACAACAGGUCGUCCACGUGCCACCACCAGGUCCAAAGAACAGUAACGUGACAGACAGCCAGGUCACUCUCUACAGGGGCCAGUCUCUCUCUGCUCUCUGUCCCUAUGACCAGAGGUACAAGGAGGAUGUGAAAUACUGGUGCAGGAUGAAGGGAGAGUUAGACUGCGCUACCAUAGUGCGUACUGACUUUCCUUUGCGACGAGGGGAUGUGUCCAUCACAGAUGACCCCAGCCAGCAUGUCUUCACUGUGACCAUGCAGAACCUACAGACUCAGGACACAGGGGAGUAUGUGUGUGCAGUGGACAAUGGAAGAAACCCCCUCUACAUGGCAUCUCUGUCACUGACUGUCACUGCAGGCUUCCCAGAUGUGUCAGUGAGGAGCAACAUGGUGUCUGGUAAGGAGGGGAACAGCACCACAGCUGAGUGUCUCUACAGUGACAUCAUGGAUGACAGUGAGAAGAUGUGGUGUAGGAACGGGACACCUGCAGGGAACUGGAGCUCCUGCUUGACUGCAGAGGGAGAACGGGCGUCUCAGGACCGCAUGGAUUUGAUCAUCAAUACAUGGAGUCGCACCUUCACUGUGACGAUGAGACAUCUGGAGAUGAACGAUACCGACUGGUACUGGUGCAUAGCAGGAGACAAGCAGAUCCCGGUGUACAUCUCAGUCCUCAAUGCAACUAACGCAUCAAUAUCUCCUCCAACCAUGAACCUGAUUACUUUCCCUUUGGUCUUGACUCUGAGAGCAACGGAGGAUGAUAACUCAAGUUGGAUCUGGGAGAGAUAUCUGGAUAUUCUGCUGAAAGGUGCUGUUGGCCUGCUAUUUUUGGCAUGCACCAUCCUAGCAGCUCUGGUGAUGAGAGACUACCAAAGUAAGUGCUAUGUAUUUUUAUCACUUAAAUCGUUGAGUCCAAACAUCUUAAACAAAAUGACCAUGUAUGAUUAGAUUAUACUUAUUGACUUAUUUAAGUGAAAUUUAACACACUAUUUAUGUCAGACAAAAACAGGAAAGAACUCUAAGGAACAGGAAACAGGUAAAUCAACGUCUCUGCAUUUGUGUUUAUUCUUCAUUUAAUGAACAAAAUUAACGGAACAUGACAAUGUGUGUCAUUUUGAUCAUUCGAAUCCCCCUCACCUAGGGAUGCAGUCUGUCUUAGGAUCCAUUCGAUCAUCUCAGUCUCCAGUAUGUCAGGUUUUUGAAAGACAUCGUCAAAUGUUUAUAGCUCUUUCAGUUCUGUUAUAAAGAUACAAACCUUACCUAAAGAUGAAUGCUAUUGUACAAUAAUGUGUAGUCACAUUUCUCUUUCUUGAACUUUUAAUUCAGUUAUUGAUUUGUUUUGUAACGUUAGCUAAUUACACAUGACAUCUAUUUGUGUCUGCUCUUAUGAUGACAAUUCUUUUUGAAUGGUUCUUCAUGAUUUUGCAGCCACAACAGAAUAAUCUAUUGAAAUUGUUUAAUGUUUCAUGCAUUUUUUUCUCUGUUCUCUAGCUAAUUGUGUUAUUGCUACAAUCCAUUUACUGUACAUGUGAUUAUUUUGGUUGAUAUUAAAGCAAACUUACAGUAA